AGCCCCUCUCUUGGCUCCUUGACACGAGCACCAUAUAAGGCGCAGCGAUCUCCAUAGAAACGUGUCAGUUUCAAUAGUAGUGUCAAAGUUCACUAUAUACAGACAUUCGCGCAGAUCCCCGUUUCGGAAACAUUGCUCUGCUGGUCUUCCCGUUUAAACGCAUUCAUUUUUGGGUCUCUCCUUCUUGCAUAUUCUAUUAGUUGUUGUUUUUUCUUUUUAUCUUUUCUCUUUCGCUCCAUUCCUGCUGGAGAGGUGAAACUACAGGGGCACUUCGACGACGCCGUUUUGUUGGUCCAGAUGAGUUUUAUUUUGAAAAUAUAGACAUAAAAUUCCGCUCUUCAGUUUUUUCCUCUCUUCCACCAGUGAAGACAGGAGUAAGGGACAAGGAAGAAAAGAAAGGGAUUUAUUUCACGCCAGACUUUGGAUCGUUUUUUUCUUUUUUUUUUCUUACACAAUUCAUUUUUAUUUCUUCGUCUCGGUGAAUCGGUCCUGCCUCGUAACUGGUUAUUUUAAACCAAACUGUAAUUGUUACCUCUCGUGCGCUCUUUUUACCAAGAUUGGGUUCCUGAAUGGCUGACUGCAAUUUACCUUGGAACUGGCCUCCCGAUACUUGCAUAUCCUGAUCGGGUGCCUUUUCGAUCGCCACUUUGUAUUUUGAAUGUAUUGAUUGUCCUAUGCUCACACUUUCCUAUGUGAUCGCCUGCUUCGGUUUGACUUUUCACAGUCGUUUAUUUGAUAUUACCUCUUGUUCCACGUACAAGAAUCCCAGCGAUUAGUUCGCUUUAUAGCACUUUUCGGGCCCGAGAUAUGGCAAUGGUAGUUAGCGUCUGGCGAGAUCCGCAGGAAGACGUGGCCGGAGGAACUCCGAGCGGCCCGAAUCCAGCAGCUCAGCCGGCUAGGGAGCAACAGCAGGCGGCGUCGGCAGCUCCACACACUCCGCAAACCCCGAGUCAGCCAGGACCCCCUUCAACGCCAGGGACUGCUGGCGACAAGGGGCAGAGCCAAAAUUCUGGACAGAGUCAACAGCAUAUUGAAUGUGUGGUUUGCGGAGACAAAUCCAGCGGCAAGCACUACGGUCAGUUCACCUGCGAGGGAUGCAAAAGUUUCUUCAAGAGGAGUGUCCGGAGGAACUUAACGUAUACAUGUCGUGCCAACAGGAACUGUCCCAUCGAUCAGCACCAUCGUAAUCAGUGCCAGUACUGCCGACUGAAGAAAUGUUUAAAAGUGGGCAUGCGGCGGGAAGCGGUUCAGCGAGGAAGAAUGCCUCCAACCCAGCCGAACCCAGGCCAGUACGCACUGACGAACGGGGACCCUCUGAACGGUCAUUGUUAUCUCUCCGGAUACAUCUCGUUGUUACUCCGGGCCGAGCCUUACCCGACCUCCAGAUACGGGAGCCAGUGCAUGCAGCCCAACAACAUAAUGGGCAUCGAGAACAUUUGUGAACUGGCUGCUCGCUUGCUCUUCAGCGCCGUGGAAUGGGCAAGGAACAUCCCUUUCUUCCCCGACCUCCAGAUCACAGACCAGGUGUCACUUCUCAGGCUGACGUGGAGCGAGUUGUUUGUGCUUAACGCGGCUCAGUGCUCCAUGCCCUUGCACGUGGCCCCUCUGCUCGCCGCGGCUGGCCUCCACGCCUCUCCAAUGUCCGCGGACCGGGUCGUGGCUUUCAUGGAUCACAUUCGUAUCUUCCAGGAACAGGUCGAGAAGCUCAAAGCCCUUCACGUCGAUUCGGCAGAGUACAGCUGCAUCAAAGCAAUAGUCCUCUUUACGUCAGACGCUUGUGGCCUGUCAGAUGCGGCUCACAUCGAAAGCCUACAGGAGAAGUCUCAGUGCGCCCUUGAGGAAUACGUGAGAAGCCAAUACCCAAACCAGCCGAGCCGUUUUGGCAAGCUCUUGCUGCGGCUGCCGUCUCUCCGCACCGUCUCUUCAUCAGUAAUUGAGCAGCUGUUCUUCGUCCGCUUGGUAGGUAAAACUCCUAUUGAAACCCUCAUAAGGGAUAUGUUGUUAUCCGGGAGCAGCUUCAACUGGCCUUAUAUGUCCAUCCAAUGAUCCGAGCGAGAAAGUGAAAAAACACCACGAACGUAAAAGGACCAAAAGCAACCUGAAUAAGAAGACUAUAUAUAGGACCUCAUUUCUGAACAUCGUAGAAGACAAGACUUUGCCCCCAUUUUAUUUUAUUUUUUAUUUUUUUGAAGGGGGGGACUGAGAUCUGAGAUGGAAUACAUUAUGUACAGAAAAUAAGGAAUGGACUUACUCUUGUGUAAAUCCACUCUCAUCUACAAGCAAACGACUUUUCAUUUUGUAAAAUACUAGUCUUUAUUUUCUUUUUUGUAAAAAAAAAUACAAAUAAAAUGAAAAACAUCGUAUGCGCAGUAAAAAGAAUCAAGACCUAGCGGGAAAAUGUUUCCGAGCAAAUUAUAAGAAAUGUCCUGUGUCUAUGUAUCUUUCUCUGUUUUGUAUAUUUCUGGUUCUAAACCAGGUUUUCUGUGAUUCUAUACUAAUAAUUUUUGAUAUAACCUUUUGCUUCUUAUAAUGAGUGCGAUAUAUGUUGUCGAAGCUAUGUUCUCCAAGAAUUAAAAUUGAAGUGAGAAUUUAAAACAGAAAAAUAAAGAAAGUUAGACAUAAGAAACGGUCUAAUCGCUAUGACAAUAUUAUCACUGAUGGUUGACCUGCCAAUUACAAUUGAUGCUACGGACGUGCAACGGCGAACUUGACCUCAUGGACAUUUUGAGGAGAGGACACACCUGAAACUUUUCCUGGUUAUAGCCUAAGUGUGUUUGGAGUCGAUCAUCAGUAAAAAAAAAAAAAAAGGAAAAAUGAAAAGACAUAAAAGAAAAUUCAAAAGCACUUUUAAUAUAUCAUUUCAAAUACAUUUUGUUUGUUUCGUCUUGAAAUUUUCAUUGUUUCUUGGAUUUUAUUGGUUGUUGCCUCGAUUUGCAUAUUCCAUGAUACAGCUUUUUCAGCAGGAUCCGUUGGUAAGAGUUGUGUGAUGGUGACUGUACUAUUAAAAACAAGUAGGCAACAA